GCCGCAACAAACCGAUUCACUUUGUGCAAACCAACGGGCCAGGAUUCUUCACAGCAACGUGCUUCCCAAAAGUAUAUGAAGUACUUGGACAGUAUGUGGGGCGGGGAGUCUCACUGCAAGCUCCUCACGCCAUUCACCAUCAUCGCUGAGAAAGGAUGACCGACCAAGAAACCAAGGUUCCCAGGCCAACCCAGGAAGCCGGCCUGAUCAGAGGAGCGGGCUCCCUGUGCUUAAACCUCCUCUUGCUGGUGGCUGCUCUUGCGGGCCUCGCGUUUCUUAUCAUGGCCCUUCCCUUGUUGACGCACGCCAUGCACGAUGAUAGUCGAUGGGAGUGGAAGGCUUCCGCUUGGAAAGGAGAGCACCACGUUCGCGAUAUGACAAAAGCGGAGGCGUUUUGGGAUCAAUUCUACGACAUUCGCUCGGUCCAAGGCGCCAAGGUGCAUGUAUUUGAAGGCAAGCCUCCCGUCGCCGGAUACCUCACUCUGCCGACCGUGCCAGUCGGCUGCAGCUCGGACGACGAUCGCCAGUCUCGCAUGGAGUUUGAGCUCGGUCCGGGCGGAAAGCUUCAGUUCAAUUGGACCGACGACGCCUCCCUCUCACCCGGCCAAAUCCGCAUCGAACAAAGUGGUACCGGAGAACAUCGUGGAGGUGAAGAUAUCGACCCGAUUGCCUUGUCACGCAAAGGGGUAAACUCCUACGAAUUCGUCGACGAGCUCCAAGCAGUACAAUCUAUUUGGGUGACCAUUCGGUCCUCCGUAUUCGAUCACCCGUGUCCGGCGUCUUUCAUUGUGAACGUCACUGCAUCGGUCGUCCAAUACGAUCUGACCAAGGCCAAAGACGCAGCUGUCAUCGGCGGCCCAGAUGUCCCCGGCACCGUCAGCUUGGCGUUUCUCAAGCAGCAAAGCAUCGUAGUCGAUUUCACCAACGCCCAGGUUGAUACACUUCGCAUUACCGUUCCGACUCAGAUUCAGCUGCGAAGGCGUCUCGCCUCCGCUAUCCUUGUCGGGUGCGCCAUCAGCAUCACCAUCCUCGCAUUGUUGUUUGCAAUCUACUGGGCCGCCGGUAGCGGUUGCGCCAGGCGCAAAUACCGAAACAUCGCCACCCAGUAUACCGACCUGAAGAAAAAGGGGCCGUUUACGGAAGUUUGAGUUCCCCUUGAUUCCCUCGGUGUAUGCUUUUUUUGUCCGUUCACCUUGUCGUGUUUCUAUAGAAUGCGGCAUCAGGAUGGUAGCGGCUCAUAUGCAAUUUAGGUUCCCCUCGGCGUAUGCUAUUUUUGUCUGUUCACGUUGUCGUGUUCCCUGUAUACAUAUACAUGUACUGUACAUACAACAAUGCCGGCAUCAGGACAGUAACA